CCCUUACACAGGACAUAUUAGCUGAGAACGCCCCAAGUUCCAUUGGACAUGGGCGGCAUACGCACUGAAGUCAGAGCCAACUCAGCAACCCCCGACGACACCCCCCUUUUCCUUAUCACUGCCACUUCGGCUUCAAGCUACUACCUACGACUUAUGAUUCGUCUCUGUCAGCCGCAGUGGCUUUCGCAUACCGAACCGUCUCACUAGCAUUUGCUACCGUUGGUAAAGGGACACCUGCUUCACAUGCUGUUACGAGGUUGUCAUAUUGAAACAAUUUUCACAUGCCAUUUGCAAAGUGACGUAUUGAUCCGCGAGGAUUACGAUGGGCAAGACCAUAUGAUCGAGUGCACACAUAUUGCCCAUAUCGAACUCGCAUAAUGUUCGCAACUUCGCACGGCCACGGCCCCUGGCGCCAACGAGUCGAUGCUCCCGUCGUCAGCCUUGUACUGUUUACGAUAUAACCCAUCAAAAUGUCUACCAUAAUGCACCUUGUGGGUAUGCGGGCGUUCGUCGCCCCGCUGACCCGGCAAGGCCAGCGGGACAGAGAGGGUUUGCCAGCCUGUUCGGCCUUAGUCGCGGAUUCCCCUGAUAUGCCUAAUAUGCUGGCUGACGAGUAGGAUGGUGGUAUGAGUUCUACUCCGUCCGAUUAUCGGGCUGAGAACCGCCAGCAUGGGACAGCUCAGAGCAAUUAUCUCCCAAUGUCUCCUUCAUUUCACAUCGGGAUUUGCCGAAGGUUUCACGGCGCCCUUCACGUUACCCGCUGGCUUGCCCUUAUUGGAGCGGAUCCAACCCGCCAUCUACGCCGGAUUGGCGGAGAACUGCGCGGGACGCAUCAGCCUGGACAUCAGUGGAUGCCUUGCGGCUAAGGGGGGAACAGCAGCCAGGGCGGAGAUUGACGACUACGGGCAGAGGCCACUAGUUGGGCAAGAUCGCUCCUAGAGCUAUCUCGCCUUGCCAGAUCUCUCUUCGGACGUUCUCCGAGGGGUUAUGGCUCACUUCAAUAACCGGGAGAAGGUGUGGUAGGGCUUUCUAUCUUGCGUGAGCGUGUUCUCCGACUGGUCGGCGGGCGAGCCUAGGGCGUUCGGAGCGGCGGUUGCUGGCCUGUCGAUAUCUGUCGGGCGCAUGAUCGGUGGCCUGCCCUCGUUGUCCGCGCACCCCUCCGUGGCUAGGCAGCACUAUGGCCUGCAUCGGAGCUUCGUCUUCUGCAUAUUGAUACUAUCCGCCUUCAGAUUCGUCGAGGACCGCCUUCUGCAACCUGCGUCUACGGAUGGCAAUUAGGAACGUGGAUCCGAGCGAAGCGGAGUCACCAGAUGGAGAAGUAUUCAGCAAGGCUUGCUGGGAGGAUGUGGACCGUCAUCGUGGAAGGCAUCGCUGCAAUCAUAUCCGCACUUUACGUCACGCUCCUCGAGAGCGUCCUGUCGUAGGCCAUGGCAUUACGUCCUGCUGCCUUCUGGCGUCCGGCAGCGCCCCG